AUGCAGUCCGUUGCAGGAACUCCACGGCCAUCACGCCUCACGAAAUGGUGGCCUAUUGGCUUCUUCAUUGGUGCCAUUAUCUGCUUCAUCAUCGGCAGUGCCCUCGUGGGAACAUGGACCUCCCACUCAUAUGACGACUGCUCUUACAGCAGCUCAUACUACAGUUCCUACUAUUCCAGCUCCUCUUGUGGCAGCUCCAAUAUGGGCGAGUUCUAUGGCGCUGUUGCUAUGUUUGUGAUUGGUGGCGUGCUCAAGCUCACUGCUUGGAUUCUACUCAUCAUCUUCUGCGUCAAGCGCAGCCGCCACACCCACCAUACCGUCACAUACGUGAACUCCCCUCCUGUCCAGCAAGUCCAGCAACCACAGCCUUUCCAGCAACCCUACGCCGCGCCUCAACCUACGUACGCUCCUGCGCAUCAGUCUGCUCAGUUCCCUCAUUCCCCUGAGACGGUGAACACGUCUAGCCCUGGUACGCCUCCUCCAAAUGAGGCCAAUGCAACUCCAAGUGCUGCCAAGUACUGUACCCAGUGUGGAACCUCGGUUUCUAGCCGAUUCUGCCCUCAAUGUGGUUCGCAGGCCUGA